AUGGAGCAUCGGAACUCUCAGCAAGCGUCUGGCGAUCCAGUGCGACACAUCCCCGAGCCAGAACCUGCACACCUGCACGAUGAGACCGACAGCGACCGUGAAUGGGAGGCUACAGAGCUGCGGGCAGUCGUCGAACGCCCACCAAACCAUCGCGUGUUGAGUCUUGAGCUGCCAGCAGAGCACUGGUAUGAUUCCAUAAGGAAGUUCUGGAGACGCCAUGUCCGCAUCUCUGUACCACAUGUCGAUUGCAGAGAUCAUCUUGCAAAUGAACGCACCUUUCUUGGCUACCUUCGAACAUCGGUAGCUCUGUCCAUGCUCGGUGCUGUCAUCGCCCAGCUCUACCGCUUGACGCACUCACCACAUCCGGAUCCUGUCUUUGGCUUCUUCGUCUUGAGCAAACCGAUCUGCGGCAUACUACAAUGCUCUGCCCUGGGAAUGGUCCUGCUAGGUGCCAUUCGCUAUUUUCGACAGCAGGCCGCGAUGGCAACGGGGAAGGUGUUUGCGGGAGGGUGGGAGGUAUUGACCAUCGUCAUAUUCACGAGUGCGCUCAUGGUUGCACUAUUCGCCUUGCAUGUUGCUCUUGACAUUGCUAAAUAUUGA